AUGUACGCAAUAAAAACUACAUUAUUGUUCAAUAUCAUCAUUGCACUUAUCGCAAUAAGUAUAAAUGCUGAAACAGUGCCAUUAUUGGAAUUGUCUAUUGGUGACAUUGUUAAUCUAGACGAUUUCAACGCAUCGUCAAUUGAAACCUUUGGAAAUAUGUUCGAUGGUUAUAAAGCAGUGGAAUUUACUAAAACCGACCUUCUUAAUAACAUCCAUUAUGUAACUGUGAAAAAAGAAAAAUGUUUACCUCUAAGAUCUUUAGUGCCUUAUUCUUAUCCGGAAAUAAUAAUUGAUGAUACAGCAGCCGAUCCACUAGAACUAUUUAACAGCACCGAUAGGCUAAAGUAUAAUUACUUUGGCAUUCGCGACAGUUAUAUUGACGAUAAAUAUUCAUAUGGUAUUGUUACAAUAUGCAAGACUAAAAAAAUUCAAAAUUUUAAUAUUCGAAUAAUUGAUGAAGAGAAUCUUUCAUUUAUUGAUAACCAAAUAAAAUAUAAACUAUUACUUGAUGAAACAGCUGUUUUACGAUUGAAAGGAAAUAGAAGAACACAUUUUGUGAAGUCUAUCACUACCGGGGAGUGUCUAUUCCAAGUUUAUGUCAACAAUGCAGAAAUGUGUGAAGUACACGGAAAAUCUCAGGAGGGAAUAAAUUUGGAAGGCGAUUUUUUCGAACCUCCUAGGCAUAAAGGCCGCGUAGUAACAGCUAGCAAUAGACACGACCUUGAAAAUAAGAUCAACGGUGAUUUAAAUAAAUCUGGGAAAUCACUUUUUGAUUUGAUUCAUGAUCCAAACAAAUUCUCCAGUAUUUUUGAUCUUCUUGGUGAACACGCUGUUAUUGGUCUUAAAUUACAUUCACUUCCUGAAUUACCAGAAUCACAAACCACAUUGGCACUGGAUCCAAUUACUUAUAAAACUCCGUUGAAAUACUUGAUUCCUGGUGACAUUAUCAAUGUUGAUGAUUUAAAAAAUAUCAGUUCAUCUAUUGUAGUCGAUAAUAUAUUAGUCGAGGUACCCGAUGGAACAGUUAACCCAUCCACAUCGAUAGUUUACACUGAUUGUUUUAAAUACGACGAUAAUGACGCACCAAAACUGGACUAUGUCACUUAUCAAAAGUACAGUCAUUAUCCCGCAGAAUCUUAUUAUAAAUUUGACGUAUUUGACGAAAUGGUUAAACGCAAAGACUAUGGAGUUGAUCGAAAAUAUUUAAAUAAUAAUAACAGAUGCGUAAAGAUUACUGUUUGCUCUGAACUUGAAAGACGAAAAUUAAUUAUUCCGUCAGUUCGUGUUAUCAAUUUGAGCGAACGAAAUAUUUAUUAUUCAUAUAUGUUUAAAAACGAAAAUAUUAUCCUUCGCUAUAAGAUAAAUAACGAAACGCACUAUGUUGCUCGUACAGAAAAAGGCAAUUGCUUGUUCCAGGCAUUAGUGUAUCCAAAUGAUGAUGACCAUCUUAAAUAUAAGAAUUCGACUCUUUUAUACAUAGGCAAAAUAAUAUCAGCAACUGAUGAUCCUGUCUUGGAAAAACGGGCAGAAAAUUUUGUUAGUAAUUUGACAAUUACUACCUCCAAAACCCUUAUAGCUGCAAUAAGUAAUCCUGCAUCCAAAGCGUCUUUUUUCUCCCAAAUGUUUCUUCGUAACCGGAACACAACUCAACUAAAUAUUUAUUUAGACCGUCUGUAUUAAAUUUUUUGAAUUCAAUAAUGGAAGUGUUCUAAAUACCAUGAAAAUUAUGAAAAAUAAACAAGGUUAUAAGGAUGCUAAUUUGCACCCCAAUAUUUUCACCUACACUCUCGAUGAAAAAAGAUUUUAUACUAAUGUAUAAAAUUAUAUAUAAAUUGGAUAGAAAAAAUGGCCCGAUCCAAUUGUAUA